GUCUGUGCUGUGAGGACUGACGGAGCUCAGAAGAAAGAAAACAAGGACAGAAAAACAAACGAGACAGAAGAGGACAUCUGGAAAAAGCGGAAGGCAGAAGACAGGGAGGGGGAAACAAACCCGCAGCAGGUGGAAACAAGAUCUAGAGCAAACCGGUCUGGUCCACAGUUGUUUUUCUGGAAGAGAAGAAAGUACCGGAGGAUUGCCUGUUUUUCCUUCAGUUAAUGAAAACUCUUAUCUUCAUCAAAAAGAAAAGGCUAAGGGGAGGUAAAGACAAUCUUUGUUUUCUUAGGGGCAGAGCUGAGUGAAACCCAGACUAUCUUUGAAGAGUCUAAAAUAAGCCACUGCCUGGUACACAUUGCAGAACCAUCCUGGUCUCUGAAGAUCUACAUUCCCUUCAGGAAAAUUCCAGCCAGAGUAGCUGGUACAGUUCUAUUUUUAUAUUUAAAUAUUUAUGUCUCUUCCCUCCCCCCUUUUAACAGUCCUUUCCUUGUUCUAAGCACGAGUGACAAGAAAGUGUCAAUACGGAAUAGGAAUAUUUUCAGUUUUCUCUUUAUCUGCCUGAGUCUUUUUUAAGAGCGGUAGGAGUGGUCCCUGUUUCAGAAAAAGACGUUUCAAUUUGAAAGACAGUCUCUUAAAAUAUAUUUACACCCACACUUAUUCAAAAAGAGAGAUACCUUUCGGAGGUGGAAAUCCUAGGAGAAAGAUGGAAAAAGGAGCCAGGCACCGAAACAACACUGAAAAGAACCACCCAGGUGGAAGCGAGUCGGAGGCCAGCCCUGAGUCUGGUUCCGGAGGAGGCGGAGUAGCCCUGAAGAAAGAGAUUGGAUUGGUCAGUGCUUGUGGUAUCAUUGUAGGGAACAUCAUUGGCUCUGGAAUCUUCGUCUCGCCGAAAGGUGUGCUGGAGAACGCUGGCUCUGUGGGUCUCGCUCUCAUUGUCUGGAUUGUGACUGGUCUCAUCACCGCUGUGGGAGCCCUGUGCUAUGCUGAGCUUGGGGUCACCAUCCCCAAAUCUGGAGGUGAUUACUCCUACGUCAAGGACAUCUUUGGAGGACUGGCUGGGUUCCUGAGACUAUGGAUUGCAGUGCUGGUGAUCUACCCCACCAACCAGGCUGUUAUCGCCCUCACCUUCUCCAACUAUGUGCUGCAGCCGCUCUUCCCCACCUGCUUCCCCCCGGAGUCUGGCCUUCGACUCCUGGCUGCCAUCUGCUUAUUGCUCCUCACGUGGGUCAACUGUGCCAGUGUUCGGUGGGCCACCCGGGUUCAAGACAUUUUCACAGCUGGGAAACUCCUGGCCCUGGCCCUGAUCAUCAUCAUGGGAGUUGUCCAGAUCUGCAAAGGAGAGUAUUUCUGGCUGGAACCAAAGAACGCAUUUGAGAAUUUCCAAGAACCCAACAUCGGCCUCAUCGCACUGGCUUUCCUUCAGGGCUCCUUUGCUUACGGAGGCUGGAACUUUCUUAAUUACGUGACUGAGGAACUUGUUGAUCCCUACAAGAACCUUCCCAGAGCCAUCUUCAUCUCCAUCCCACUGGUCACAUUUGUGUAUGUCUUUGCCAAUGUCGCUUAUGUCACUGCAAUGUCCCCCCAGGAGCUGCUGGCAUCAAACGCAGUCGCUGUGACAUUCGGAGAGAAACUCCUAGGGGUCAUGGCCUGGAUCAUGCCCAUUUCUGUUGCCCUGUCCACAUUUGGAGGAGUCAAUGGGUCUCUCUUCACCUCUUCCCGGCUGUUCUUUGCUGGAGCCAGGGAGGGCCACCUUCCCAGCGUGCUGGCCAUGAUCCACGUGAAGCGCUGCACCCCAAUCCCGGCCUUGCUAUUCACAUGCAUCUCAACCCUGCUGAUGCUGGUCACCAGCGACAUGUACACCCUCAUCAACUACGUGGGCUUCAUCAACUACCUCUUCUAUGGAGUCACAAUUGCGGGACAGAUCGUUCUUCGCUGGCAGAAGCCUGACAUCCCCCGCCCUAUCAAGAUCAACCUGCUGUUCCCCAUCAUCUACCUGCUGUUCUGGGCCUUCCUGCUGAUCUUUAGCCUGUGGUCAGAGCCCGUGGUAUGUGGCACUGGCCUGGCCAUCAUGCUGACAGGAGUGCCCGUCUAUUUCCUGGGUGUUUACUGGCAACACAAGCCCAAGUGUUUCAAUAACUUCAUUGAGUCACUAACCCUCGUGAGCCAGAAGAUGUGUGUGGUUGUGUACCCCGAGAUGGAAGCAGGCUCGGGGAAAGAGGAGAUAAAUGAGGACACAGAGGAGCAGCGGCAGCCCAUCUACCAACCCAUGGCCUCCAAGGACAAGGACUCGGAGCAGCCCCAACCCUGAGAACCACCACCGCCUCUCAGCUGGCUACUUCCUCCUAUACCCCAUUUUUGCUCUCCUUCCUUGCCUAGGUCCCCCCAACACACACACACACACACACGAAACUAUAGACAAAUACACUGACAUUUGUCAAAGAACUAGCCUCUCGCCACCAGGGCCUAUGUCCAAAACCCUCACCAGGGCUGCUCCAAGAAGUGGGAGGAGAGUGGAGCUUCUGGCGGUACCCCACAGGGCCCUCCCUCCUCAGGAGCCCAGUCAGUACUGCCUUCCCGCCCCAUUCCUGAGCCCAAGGGAGGCCUCUGCUCAGAGAACCGGAAGCAACAGUGAGUCAGUUGGGGAGGGACAGACUCAGGCAAAUCUGUCAUCUUUAAAGGUCAGCUGGAGAGACUGGUAUCACCCUCCCUUUACUAGGGACCCAAGAAAUGAGAGAUGCUUCCCUCUGCCCUCUCCUCUCCCCCUCCCCAUGGUACCUCCCCCCACCCCAUCUUGGGCUCCCUGUCCAGAACAAGGUUCCUGGCAAGACAUCACCUCCCUACUGAGCUAAGGACCAAUAAGCAGGAGAACCGCCCCCUCCCCCUAACUCAAGCCAGGCCUGUGGAACAGAUUGGGAAAGCCUCAAAUUGCAGAAACCCAGCCCUGCCCCGUCUCCUUCAUCCUGACCCCCACUCGGUGCCAAAGCUUCCUGAAGCCAGAAAGUCUUCUUAUUUUCGAUGUAGAGGACAUUUCUCUCCUAAUGGCAAAGCUGCUUAGCUCCUCCCUCCCCACUCCAGUGAGAAGGAACAGUCACUCCAUGAUCCCUGCAGCUACGCCCCCCACAUACCUCCAUGGAACCAGCACUGCUGGCAGCCCCCAUUGUGCCCUUUCCCUCUUCUCUGGCUUGGCUCCGGGACCAACUGGUAUGAAGGCUCCCCAAGACCUUCAGGCCGGAAACCCAAGCCAAAUCAGCCUUAAAUCACCUCCUAUCCAAGAACUGGACCUAAAAAUACUCCCUGAUUUCUAAUCCUCAGGACAGACCUGGUAUGAAAAGCCUUUCUGGAAUGGAGGGUGCUUUCCCACCCACCCCCCAGAAGUGUGCCCAUCCCAUAACCUCAGAGACUGUGUGGGGAGAGAGUGUCUUCUGAAGGCCAGUUCCUUCCUCCUCCCCCAACUCCGACACCUCCCCUUCUGGUCCCACCACUGCCCUGUCUUAGGACAGCCUCCCAAACAGAAUGAAAGGGCAGUGGCAGAAAGUACCCAUUUUGGAGACACAUUCUGGUUUGUGCACUUCUGGCCGUCCUGUGGGCAGAGGCUGCCUUUCCCUGCGCUCCAAGGGAACACCACCAUGUUUACCCUGGGCCUUGCAGCCUCCCUACCACACUUGAUGUGCUAAGGACUAGGAUCCUUUCAUCCCAAAGCAGGAGGGCCCCCUUUCCUACCUCCCCCUACCACCUGCUUCGACUAGAAUAUGCUGGGAGUCCUCCUGGCUUGCUUGGCUUUCCCAGCUUCCUACCUGGCCUGCCUGACUGCCUCCCCCCAACCCCAACUGGUGAGAUGUCAGGUUUGGUUUGAGUUCCGGUCCCUUCAGAGUGGACCCCAGGUGUGCUGGGCCUGGCUCCUGGAAGGUCAGGGGACCACCCUCCUGUUCCCUCUUCUCAUUCCACCAACCUCCAUCCCUCCUUCAAUUGUUAGGGUUUAUUUGUUUGUUCGUUUGUUUCGUAAAGUGAAUGCCUUACUUUUUUGGAUAAAUAUUUUUGAAGCUGGCAUUUCUAUUUCUUUUAAAUUUUUUAAUGUAAGGUUGUUUGGGUGGGGAGGGCAUUAGUUAUACCUGGAUAAUCUUCUGUCUUUGAGUUGGUCUAGGGUUAGAGUUUGUUUUGU